GUUUCUUUCUCUUUCCACUUCAUUUCUUUCUUUUUUACUUUCCUUGUUGUUCUCUCUCUCUCUCUCUCUCUCUGCCCAACAUUGCAUCCAUUUCCUUCAGCCUUUCUUCUCCCCUGCAUGUCUCAUAUUAAAUAACACAAUUGUGUUCAGGGAAGAUGAUGCUUGAAGGAUCGGUUAGCAUUAACGGCUUGGAAUUGGAGACCAUGCUUUCUUUUAGAUCUCCCAGAGCAGAUAUUGAAAAUGACUUAUUUUGUAAACCAGUAAGCACACAGAGUAAAGACAGUUACGAGGAUUUGUCGAGAACGUGUAGCAACUUCUCUGAUAAGAGCUUCUAUUCCCCAACAUUGUUGUUGGAGCCACGGCAUCAUAGAGACCAAGCUGCACUUAGAUUGCAGAAAGUUUACAAAAGUUUCCGAACAAGAAGGCAACUUGCAGAUUGUGCAGUUCUUGCAGAACAGAGAUGGUGGAGGGCUUUGGAUUUUGCUGAACUAAAGCACAGUUCUAUAUCAUUUUUUGACAUUGAAAAACAUGAGACUGCCGUUUCACGUUGGUCAAGGGCAAGAAGGAGAGCUGCCAAGGUUGGAAAGGGUCUAUCUAAGGAUAAGAAGGCUCGUAAACUUGCUUUGCAGCACUGGCUAGAGGCAAUUGACCCUCGACAUCGCUAUGGUCAUAACCUUCAAUUUUACUAUGUCCAGUGGUUACACUGUGAUAGCAAUCAACCUUUCUUCUAUUGGCUUGAUAUCGGGGAAGGCAGGGAAUUCAGUUCUGAGAGAUGUGGUAGAUCAAGGCUUCAGCAGCAAUGUAUCAAGUAUUUGGGUCCAGAAGAAAGAGAGGCUUAUGAAAUAGUUAUUGAGAAUGGGAUGCUCUAUUACAAACACAGUGGGUUUCCAGUUGAUAGUAGAGGAGAUGCUAAGAUGAUUUUUGUACUUAGCACUUCCAAGACUUUGUAUGUUGGGCAGAAGAACAAGGGCACAUUUCAACAUUCAAGCUUCCUAGCAGGUGGAGCCACAUUAUCUGCUGGUAGAUUAGUAGUUGAGGAUGGUAUUCUUAAGGCAGUUUGGCCUCACAGCGGACACUAUCUACCAACGGAAGAAAAUUUCCAGGAAUUCGUAACAUUCCUUAGGGAGAAUAAUGUGGACCUUACAGAUGUAAAGAAAAAUCCAAUUGAAGACGAUGAGAUAGUCAAAAUAAAGCAGGAACUUCAUUUAAGAAGAAAAUCUUCAGAGGCCGUAUUUCCUCCAAACCUUGAAACCGAAAGUUCGAGCAGCACAUUAGCUGAGGAGACAAAUGAGGAAUCUACUGCUGAUUCAAAUUCUGGUCUACCUGUAUCUAGACUGUCACAACGACUAGGAACAAAAAUACCUAGACUCGAAAUACCAAAAAGAGGAAAUGUGGCUGACAUUUUCGGAUCAAUAUUAUCAGUACAUUUUCCACAUCACAAAUACUGUACUCCACGUUUAGAACCAGACACAGAUUGUGGUUAUGAGACAGCAGAAGAAUCGUUUAUCGAAGAAGAAGACUUCAUGGUUCCGAAAUCAAACUUGUUUGUCGAAGAUCAAGACAAGGAAGAAGAAAAUCCUAUUCCAAAAGAAAAGAUAAUGAAGAGAAUAGAUUCACAUAAAGGAAUGAAAUCAUAUCAACUGGCUAAUCAAUUAUCUACCAAAUGGACAACAGGUGCUGGUCCUAGAAUUGGUUGUAUGAGAGACUAUCCAAAAGAGCUUCAGUUUUUUAUAUUGGAGCAGCAAAAUUUGUCUCCAAGGACAAGAACAGCGGCUCCAUCACCUCGGCCGCCAUUGUCUCGCUUCAGUCCACAUGUUGCUUCUGUUCCAAUUCUUCCAACAGAUGAAUUAUAAAUUAAUUAAGGGGUAUUAGUUCUGUUGGGACAUUGGAGUAGAGAAAAAUGACUAGGAUUUUCUUUUUUUUUUAUGCCACUCUUUUAACCCAUAUAUAGUUAGUUCUUGUGGUGGUGAGUGGGGGCAACAAAAGAACUUCGCGUGUAUAUUGUUCUAGUUCCAAAAUGCAGAGAGAAAAUUUGAUUGAGUUUCCAA